AGGCUCACCUUAUCCUAUCCACAUCUUUAUCCUCUCUAUCUCUACACUCAAUUUUCUUACUUCAUCUUCUUCACCAUGUAAAAACACUUUUAGGGUUCUUUAUUUUACACUUUUCUUCUUCUUUUCAAAACCCAUUUAUUCAUUAUAUAUUUUUGGUUCUUGAAUAUUGCUACAAGGGUUCAUAUUUUUGGGUGGCUAUUUUAUGUAUGUUUGAGUAAAAACUUGCAUGCAUAUAAGUUUCAUCGAUAAAUUCAAUUGAAGUCAUCGAUUUUAUCGUCAAGAAGAGAUUGAAUCUAGCUUAGGAAUUUUGUAUAAAGGGUUUUGAACUCUUUUGACGCACAAUGGCUCCCAAAACAGGCAAGGCAAAACCCCAUAAAGCUAAGGGAGAGAAGAAGAAGAAGGAAGAGAAAGUUUUGCCUACAGUAAUUGAGAUUACAGUUGAAACUCCUGAUGAUUCACAAGUCACUCUCAAGGGAAUAACAACGGACAAGAUCUUGGAUGUGCGAAGGCUUUUGGGAGUUCAUGUGGAGACUUGUCAUUUGACUAAUUUCUCCUUGUCUCAUGAGGUACGAGGAUCUAACCUCAGAGACUCAGUCGAUAUCGUCUCGCUCAAACCCUGCCACCUGGCCAUAGUCGAAGAAGAUUACACAGAAGGACAAGCGGUUGCUCACAUUCGUCGACUUCUCGACAUCGUUGCCUGCACUAACAGUUUCGGUUCAUCGCCGAAGCCUGCCACCCGAUCCAGUACCGGUUCGAAGGAAUCCGGCUCAGCCGAGAACGAUGCUUCGGCUCAGAAAUCCGGUUCUUCUGAUAGCAAGAGAGCUUCCAGUAGUGGUGUCGCAGUUGGACAGGUGGAGGAGAACGGAAAGGACGCGGCGGAGAGUAUUGCAGAUAAGUCCGAUGCCGUGUCGAUGUGUCCGCCGCUGAGACUCGGCCAGUUCUACGAUUUUUUCUCGUUCUCGAACCUCACUCCGCCGCUGCAAUACAUUCGAAGAUCAACUCGGCCAUUUCUUGAGGAUAAAACCGAUGAUGAUUUCUUUCAAAUUGACGUACGGAUAUGCAGUGGGAAGCCAAUGACAAUUGUUGCUUCCCGGAAGGGUUUCUACCCUGCUGGAAAGCAUCUUCUUCUUUGUCACUCUUUGGUUGGUUUGUUGCAGCAGAUAAGCAGGGUUUUUGAUGCUGCAUACAAAGCCCUAAUGAAAGCUUUUACUGAACACAACAAAUUUGGCAACCUUCCUUAUGGGUUUCGGGCGAAUACAUGGGUUGUCCCUCCUGUUGUUGCUGACAGCCCAGCUGUUUUCCCACCACUUCCUGUGGAAGAUGAAAACUGGGGAGGAAGUGGGGGUGGGCAAGGAAGAGAUGACAUGCAUGAUAACAGGCAGUGGGCAAAAGAAUUUGCAAUUUUGGCCGCAAUGCCUUGUAAAACUGCAGAGGAGAGGCAAAUUCGAGAUCGGAAAGCCUUUCUACUCCACAGUUUAUUUGUCGAUGUUUCACUUUUUAAAGCUGUUGCAGCUAUCAAGAACCUCAUAGACAGUAAUCAUAACUCUUUAAAUGAUCCUUCCAGUUCAAUACUUCAUGAAGAAAGAGUUGGAGAUUUAUUUAUUAAGGUGACAAGAGAUGUGUCUGAUGCCAGUUUAAAAUUGGAUCGUAAAAGUGAUGGGAGUCAGGUCCUUGACUUAUCACAAGGAGAGCUUGCUCAGAGAAACUUACUAAAAGGCAUUACAGCCGAUGAGAGUGCCACUGUUCAUGAUACUUCUACUUUAGGUGUAGUUAUUGUUAGACAUUGUGGCUACACAGCAGUUGUAAAAGUUUUGAUGGAGGUAAAUUGGGAGGGGAAUCCUAUUCCACAGGACAUUGAUAUUGAGGACCAACCUGAAGGUGGCGCGAAUGCCUUGAAUGUGAACAGCUUAAGAAUGCUAUUGCACAAGUCGUCCUCUCCUCAAUCCACUAGUACAUUUCAACGAUCUCAAAGUGUGGAUUUUGAGAGUUUUCGUACUGCUAAGUUGCUGGUGCAUAAAGUAAUGGAGUAUAGUUUGUUGAAGUUGCAGGAAGAACCCUCUAAACACACUAGAUCUAUUAGAUGGGAGCUCGGAGCAUGUUGGGUGCAACAUUUACAAAAUCAGGCUUCUGGGAAAAAUGAUUCUAAUAAAACUGAAGAACCCAAGCUUGAGCCAGCUGUCAAGGGUCUUGGGAAGCAAGGGGCACUGCUCAAGGAUAUAAAGAAGAAAACAGAUGCCAAAAUCAGCAAAAUUGAAGACGGCAAGGAGUUCCCUGCAGAUAACAGCCUUGACACAAAUAAAAAAUCUGAUGGUAUUAAUCAUAAGGAACAGCAGAAACAGGAUGAGGAAAUGGAAAAGAUGUGGAAAAAUCUGCUGCCCGAAGCUGCAUAUUUGCGUCUUAAAGAAUCGGAAACAGGUCUCCACCUCAAGUCACCAGAUGAGUUAAUUGAAAUGGCACAUAAGUAUUAUGCUGAUACGGCUCUUCCAAAACUGGUGGCAGAUUUUGGCUCCCUUGAACUUUCACCAGUCGAUGGAAGGACGUUAACAGAUUUUAUGCACACCAGAGGUCUGCAAAUGUGCUCCUUGGGCCGUGUGGUUGAACUUGCUGACAAGCUCCCUCAUGUGCAAUCACUAUGUAUACAUGAGAUGGUUGUUCGAGCUUACAAACACAUAUUGCAAGCUGUUGUAGCAGCUGUUGAUAACGUUUCUGACUUGGCUGUGUCUAUAGCAUCAUGUUUGAAUAUUUUGCUAGGGACGCCUUCGACUGAAAAUGCCGAUGUAGAUAUUUCUAGUGAUGACAUGCUAAAAUCGAAAUGGGUUGAAACCUUCCUUUUGAAGAGGUUUGGAUGGCAUUGGAAGAAGGAAAGCAGCCAGGAUCUAAGAAAAUUUGCCAUUCUUCGAGGGUUAUCCCACAAGGUUGGGCUUGAGCUUGUUCCCAGGGACUAUGAUAUGGACACUGCAUAUCCUUUUAGGAAGUCGGAUAUCAUAAGUAUGGUUCCUGUGUACAAGCAUAUUGCUUGUUCAUCUGCGGAUGGUCGUACUCUGUUAGAAUCAUCCAAGACUUCAUUGGAUAAAGGUAAAUUGGAGGAUGCUGUCAAUUAUGGCACUAAGGCACUCUCAAAACUUGUCUCAGUAUGUGGUCCUUAUCAUCGAAUGACAGCAGGAGCAUAUAGUCUCCUGGCUGUAGUGCUGUACCAUACUGGGGAUUUUAAUCAGGCAACCAUUUACCAACAAAAAGCACUGGAUAUAAAUGAGAGAGAACUUGGACUUGAUCAUCCUGAUACCAUGAAAAGUUAUGGGGACCUAGCUGUGUUCUACUAUCGACUUCAACAUACAGAGUUAGCCUUGAAGUAUGUCAACCGUGCUUUGUAUCUCUUGCAUUUGACUUGUGGUCCUUCUCAUCCGAAUACUGCUGCCACCUAUAUAAAUGUUGCAAUGAUGGAAGAGGGUUUGGGGAAUGUCCAUGUUGCUCUUAGAUAUCUCCAUGAAGCUCUGAAGUGUAAUCAAAGAUUGCUUGGAGCUGAUCAUAUACAGACUGCUGCCAGCUACCAUGCCAUAGCAAUUGCUCUCUCUUUGAUGGAAGCAUACUCCUUGAGUGUUCAGCAUGAACAAACAACCCUUCAAAUACUGCAGGCCAAACUUGGGUCUGAGGAUCUGCGGACUCAGGAUGCUGCUGCAUGGCUUGAAUACUUUGAGUCUAAGGCUUUGGAGCAGCAAGAAGCUGCACGCAAUGGUACCCCAAAACCAGAUGCUUCAAUCUCAAGCAAAGGUCAUUUAAGUGUUUCAGACCUUUUGGAUUAUAUAACACCAGAUUCAGAUAUGAAGGUGAGAGAAGCCCAACGGAGAGCUCGUGCAAAGGUUAAAGGCAAACCAGGCCAAACCUGGGAAUCUGUCUCUGAAGAAUAUCAGAAGGAUGAAAUUUUGUCACCUACUUCUCUCUCUGUGGAGAAUUCAAUUGAUAAAGAGAACAAAUCUGAAACUCAAUUUGCAGAACCCAAGAAUGAGAAAUCUGAUUCCAGUGUUCCUGAUCAAUCAAUAUUGAUAAAAAAUGAUGAUCUAGCACAAGAUGAUACCUCAAAUGAAGGAUGGCAGGAAGCUGUUCCUAAGGGUCGGUCGCUAACAGGUCGCAGAUCUUCUGGUUCAAGGAGGCCAAGCUUAGCAAAACUGAAUACUAACUUUAUGAAUGUCUCUCAGUCAACAAGAAAUCGAGGAAUGCCCACUAAUUUUACAUCCCCAAAACCUGUACCCAGUGAAACUGCUGCUUCCACUGGAUCUAAUCUUCCUGUUCCUAAAAAGUUUGUUAAAAGUGCAAGCUUCAGUCCAAAGCUAAACAGUGCAAGCCCCUCCACCAGUGGAACUGAGAAAUCAUCUCCAGCUAGCCCAGCUUCCACUGAUCAACUUGCCAAGUCUGCCUCUGCAGCUAGUCCAAUUAGUGUCAAAGCAGCUGGAAAACAUUUCUCCUACAAAGAAGUUGCUUUGGCCCCUCCAGGGACAAUUGCGAAGGUAGUGACUGAACAGUUACCAAAAGAGAAUAGUGCAGUGGAACCAAGUUCUCAGGUGAAACAAGAGGUGGCUAUGUUAGAAGUCACCCCACAUGAUGAGACAGGCGUAGAGGUUAAAGAGGAAGAGAUAGUUAAGACAGCCGUAGGAGAGAAACAGCUUCAGGUUUCUGAGGAAGGAAUGAAAUGCAGUGUGAAAGAAGAAGAAAAGAAAAAAGACAGAGAUUCAGUGGAAUCUGAAUCCAUGGAGGCAAAAAAGGGUGCUGCUUUUGAAGACUUGGAAGCAAAUGCUGGAAAAGAAGCUGUAGUUGAAACCACAAAAGCAGAAGCUGGAAAUGAUGUUCUAAGAUCUGAGAAUUCAGAUGCUUCCAAGAAUUUAAAUAUCACUACUUCCGAAACAGAAGCAUUGAAGAUAAGGGAAUUGGAGAGAUGCCAGGUUGCCUGUCCUGAUCUUGAGCCUCAAACUGUUUCAAGUGAAACUGUAACUUUGCAGCCACGGGAAGAUGCUUCUGUUCCCAAAGAAAUGACAGAUGAAAACUCAAGGGAUCUAUCCAGUGGUGACAUCAGCAUUAAACCAUUGACAACUGAGGGAGAAAAGAAAGAUGAAGCUGAAACUGCAAAGGAAACCACCAAGAAACUGUCUGCUGCAGCACCACCAUAUAAUCCCUCCACAAUUCCAGUAUUUGGCUUAGUCCCGCUUCCUGGUUUGAAAGAAUAUGGAGGAAUUCUGCCUCCACCGGUGAAUAUACCUCCAGUGCUUACUGUUAAUCCUGUUUGUAGAUCAGCUCACCAGUCAGCUACAGCUAGAGUUCCUUAUGGUCCCAGGCUAUCUGGUGGCUAUAAUCGAUCUGGAAAUCGGGUUGCACAUCACAAACAUAGUUUCAAUAAUGGUGAACAUACUGGUGAAGUGAAUCACUUCAGUCCUCCAAUAAUAAUGAACCCACAUGCAGCUGAGUUUGUCCCUGGCCAGCCUUGGGUUUCGAAUGGCUAUCCGGUUUCACCAAAUGGUUAUUUGGCUUCUCCAAAUGGCAUGCCAGUGUCUCCAAAUGGUUUCCCUCUAUCCCCAAAUGGUGUUCCAGUAAUGCCAAAUGGAUAUCCAGCUUCACCAAAUGGUGUGCCAGUGACUCAAAAUGGAUUUCCUGCAUCACCUGUCAGUUCAGUGGAAUCGCCUAUUAUUUUAACUGUUGAUGUUAGAGCUGAAAGCAACACCGAGUCUGCUGGAGAGAACUCCUCAAUGGAAAUGAAAGAUGAAAAGCAGCCAAUUGAUUUAAAACAUCUUGAAGAUCAAUCUGUACAUAACGAGAGCACUCAUCCUGUAAUUGAAGAUAAUGGAACAAACAGUGUGUGGGUAACUGGCGACACUGUUUUGGCAAAAGAAACUUACAGUGACAAAUCCCUUGAGGAAAAACAAAGCAAGUGUUGGGGAGAUUACAGUGACAGCGAACCUGAGACAGUUGAGGUAUGAGUUGAGGAAGGGUCACAAUUUUUUUUUUUUUUAAAUAAAAAGUAUCUGUUCAUUGCGAGUAAUGUAUAGCUGUGAGAAACAAGAGCUAUAGGUAAUACGAGAUUGGAGACCAGUUAACCACAGAAAAGUUUUAUCUGCUGUGAAGUUUAUGACAUGAUUUUCUCUAGACCGGGGCAAUAUGAAGACAUUUUGAUAUAUAAUUUGGUUUUUUCUGUAGUGUCGAAAAGGAUUGUUAAUAGGCUGGUUCAUGAAAGAAAAUUCCAAAUAUAUCACCAUGACCAUAGAAGGAUUGAUUGAGUAGCUUACUGUUGAUGUUAUAAUCUUGUCAUUAAUGUAAACAAUAAUGAACUCGAAGAUUUUGUACUUUCUGUGUUGUACUCGUAGGAUCGAACUUACUGAUGACUGCAUGGGAGGUAUGCAAUAAUAAUUUUCAGUUUCUUGCCUUAAGCUAAA